AUGAGCCGGUCUGAACAAUCUGGAAACAACAGUCAUUCACGAGCAUUCUAUCCCACCCGCGUUGAAUCCACCAUCUGCGAUACCUCGAGCCCUGGCUAUUCCGUCUCGCACAUCCCGAAGUCCAAAACGUGGAGCAUCAUUUCCACCGUCCAGAGAGUCCCGACAGAUAACAACGGCUUCCCCACCGAGUCUCGUCCUGCGAGGGUCUCCUCUGUUGUCCAAUCGACCCCAUUUUCGGUUCCACCCGGAUCGCCAACAGCUACCACUGGUCGUACAUCUGUAACUAGGCUGCGAAAGUCCUUCGACCUGGGGAUUCAUCAGAAUGACGGAAUCCACGAAUCCAGCUUGGAACAAGCAUCCGGCAACACCCGGGCCAGUCCAGUGGGGAAGUCGGCGCCACUCCUUCCCGUUGACGAGCACCCAGCCGAAGAUUUCCUGCCACGAAGAUGUCUGGCGCCCAAUGCAGUGGGGAGCCCAGCACGGGAUGGAGUUGCCGAGCUUAGUAGGUACGACGGUCGUAUCCCAACGCUACUGCCGCACCACCUCGAUGGGACUCCAAAUCCGCCAACGCCUCCAGACGAUCCUGUGGGGCCAAAGCCACAGCGGAAAGGCAAGGUUUCGGAGCUGAAGAAGGCUUUCGAACGGGGACUCUCAGGCUUCGUGCGAAAACGACAGACCACAGAAUCCAGAGAGGAAGGUGCAAACCGAGAGGCAAUUGCCAAACAUCCACGGCGCACAAGGCAUUCGGUGACGGCCGUACCGGCAGAUACCAGCUCUCCCGAGGACAGCCUCUCAAAGGGGUCACUGUUUUGCUCGCCGCUGCCUAAGACGUUUCGUCGUGAACCCACUGGUCCUUCCUCCCCUCUGAAGGACAAGAUCAGCAUUUUUGAAGGCUUGGUAAAACCUAGCUCAUCCUCGCCGCUUACUACAAACUACCACCAAGGCAACAAGAACCCAGCUUCAUUCCUCACAGGGAACAAGAUCUUGGAGGGCGAACAUGAUGAACUGACGUCCCGCCUGCCGAAAAAGUUCCCGGGCGGUCCGGCCGCGGCCGAAGGAUCCCCGAAGCAGCUGCGAACAGGGCGAAGGGAAGCUGGGGAUGGUAGCAAGCAGGGCGUUGGCGAAGCUGACCCACCGAGCUUCCUCAGGAGGCUUUCAUCGACGUUCAAGAAUAAGCACAAGUCCUCACGGAGUUCAAGAGCGGAUUGCGGGGCCCAGGAGGAGACAACUCAACAUCCUUCCCGAGUAUCACAAUCAACUUUCACAAGUCAAAAAUACUCUCAGAGCGAGAAAAGACGAAUGUCGGCAGCCGACUCGCUUCGGAAGCGUCUAGAGUCUGAGCUCAGGCCUAGCGCAUCCGCGAACGGCUCCCGAGAAAUUCAGGCCGACGAACUACUUGGCGGUACUCGGCGCAAGACAACACUUUGGGACAUUGAAAACCCUUUUGAUGUACCGAAGGCCAGAGAUCGGAGCAAACCAGAAGCGACUGGCGGCAGACCAAAGACGAGUGCCACACAGAACGCAGAGCAGCAAACAGACAAACAAAUAUGA